AAAUGAAACUUAGCCUUUAUUGCUUUAUUGCACUUAGCACCACCUAACAGUUCCUGGUUAUAUAAUGUGUACUUUCUGCUUAUAAUCUGUCAAUUUGCAUCUUGUGUUUGACACCCGUUAUCAGGUGAGCACUUUCAUUUCCGACACGUAAGCGCCCUUACGUUUCAGUCUCCGGCAGCAUAAAUUGGCUGCAGGUCGCUGCUACUCUUACUGAUAGAUGAAGAACUGAAGAGAUGGAUCCAACAGAGAUUGAUGCAAAGCCCGGAGACCUGAUCGAGAUCGACCGUGGGAUGUAUCAGCACUGGGCCCUCUACAUCGGUGGAAUGGAAGUUGUUCAUUUGACUACUCCAAAUGAUGAUUCAAGCUCUUCUGGUUCUUCGUUGAUGGCCCUGGAUAUCGAUGUAGGACAGGUGAAGCGUGAGAAGAUCUGGGAAGUGGUCGGCAAUGAUAAUGUCAAGGUCAACAACCUCCUAGAUUACAAGCACCAGCCUCAUGAGAGUUACAUCAUCGUGAAGGAGGCCUGUAGCAUGGUGGGUCUGGAGCUGCCGUACUCUACCUUCACUAGGAACUGCGAGCACUUUGUCACAGACCUACGCUACGGCAAGCCAGAGUCUAGACAGGUUAUCAAAGCAGCUGCGAUUGGAGUGGCAGCUGUAGGGAUUGUAGCUCUGGGUGCUGCUCUGUUCGCAUCCUGGCUCAACGAUGACAACAAAGAAGAAAGGAGAGAAGAAAGAAGAGAACCAAGGAGAGAACCAAGGAGAGAACGAAGGAGACAUUAUAAUUGGCAGUAAUGAGACAGCAAGAUGAAAGAAAAGAUCCUGCCAUUGUUUGAGUCAAUUCACCUGCCAGUGAUUAUGAUUUAAAUGUUGUGAAUAAACUAUUGUCUUUGUUGGUGUAUUGCUAUCAACACACACACACAACACACACAUAUACACACAUACAAACACACACACACGGGCACACACACAAUACAACUUUGGAUAAGAUUAGGCAAGCUUUUGUGGAGAAAAAUGAAGUUAUAGGUAAAUCCAUGGCUGUUAUGUCUGAUAUUAGUGCUCGUUGGGUAGGUUGACCCCAUGGUUGUCUGUUUAAUGUCUGAAAUGUAUAAAAUUAUUAAUUUGGCGUAUAA